UUAAUCACUAGACAGCGGCCUCCUAUAAAUCUUCUUAUCAUGAAGUCAUUUUAGUACUUCUUAAACGUAUGAAGUUUACACUCUAGUUCAUUGGUUACUUAUCUUUAUAAAUGUUAAAAGUCUGUGCCCUAUUUAGUAUGUUAUCUUUAUACAAAGCAAAUGUAAAUGAGUGAAUGAAAUCAUGCUUUAUUUAUUGUUUGAACAUAUCAGAAUCUUUAUGAUUUUGUUGAAUGGAUUUAUCGUUUCGGUUGAGACAACAGAUAACAAUGAAACAAGUGUCAUAGAUCUACGACUCACGUAUGUCAAAGUUCCCGAAGCGAGAACGUAUUAUGUCUGCCAACAAUUUGAGGUUAAAGAUGACAAGCCAUACCACGUGACAAGAUUUGAACCAAUCAUAAACAACACAGAAAUCAUUCAUCAUAUGCUUGUGUUUGGAUGUGAAUUUGAAAUGGAUGAAAAGGGACCCCAUCCAUGCGACUCUCUAGAUUACAGGUGUCAUACCUGGCUUGGGAAAUGGGACGUUGGAAUGGAUGAUCUCAUAAUGCCGGAAAAUGGGGGUGUCAGGAUUGGUAAAGGUUCCUUUAAAUAUCUCCUCCUUCAGAUACACUGGAAUAAUGAAGGCGCUUCAAAAGAUGAAACAGACUGUUCUGGAAUGCGCUUGCAUGCCACAUCUAAUCUACGACCAUACGAUGUUGGAAAUGUGCAAAUUGGUCAAAACACUAUCGACAUCCCUGGGGAGGCAAGUGAUGUCCUCAUCUCCGGAACAUGUUCCAGUAAAUGUACCGGCUUAAUGCUGCCGAGACCAAUUUAUAUUACAGACGUUUAUUUGCAUAUGCAUGGACUUGGUACUCGAUCAGCAUUAGAGGUUCAUAGAGACAGGGAGGUCAAUGAAAGAAUAGCUUACGAAGACAACUACAAUUAUAGGAAGCCGAUUUGGCACAAUCUUAACCCGCCUGUUAUUAUAAAUCCGGGUGAACCAAUAGAAAUUAAAUGCUGGUUUGACAGUGAAAAAGGAAUGCGAUAUAGAAACAAGACAACAAGUUUUGGCCAGGGCACCCAAGCUGAGAUGUGUUAUGCCUUCAUCAGAUAUUACCCAAGAAUUCUUGGCUUUGACCAGUGUCUUCAGAAGGGCAACAAAAGUUUGAACUGUUAGUUGAUUAUUUCACCUUAUUUGUCACCUGAGUUAAACAAAUGCGUUUCGAGACAAGUGCCAUAAUGUGUAUUAUUAUUUGUCUAUUCCAUAAACAUGGCUCGAAAAUAUGCUAGGUUCUAAAAUUGUUCUCCAAAUUCAACCAGGGCAAAUAAUCUCAAAGGGUAACGUAAGUCUUUGCAAGGUCAAAUUCUAUAAGAAAAUUAAAAUGAAAUUUACAGUGUCAUUCUAGGCUAAGAUCGUCCUCCUGUCUAAUCUUAUUUAAAUUAAUGGAAUUUAGUUAAUUUAUAAGGACAUUGGGUUACACUCGAAUAUAAAUCGAGAUAUUCCUUUUAAGUUAUAAUAUGUAUAUACUUGUUAUGUCCAGAAUGGUAAUUUUAGUUUUUUUUUGGCAUUCCUGUCAUCAAAGGAGAUGUUGGGACAAUGCUUAAACAGCCCUGAAAGCAAGUUAAAAGUUUGCAUGUGGAGCAAAUAAAAUUCUUUCAAUGCCUAUUCAGUUCAAAUUUUAUCAAGUACCUCAACAUAAUUACGUCAAAAUGAUCUUCUAUCAAAUAACAAAACAAAAACGCCACUACAUUUUAUACAUAUGAUUUCUACCAAAAGGAUACAAAUAGGAUAGUAAAUUGCUGUUAUAUCUUAGUAUGAAUCCUGACAAGACAUCGUAACUUCAAAGAAAUGCCACAGAAAUUAUGUUACACUGCAUAGAUUAGCGUUUUACUUAUCUGUUACUUUUUGUGGGUUCGAAACGUUUUACAAUUUCUUUGAGCGCAUCGAAAUGUUUGAAUUACACAAUAUUGUAUUUCCAAAUAUGCAUUUAACUAAUGUCUCAAUUUGAACAUCUCCUUCCUCAAGACCUUAAAGACAUUUAUGUUUGUUAUUUUUCUUCUUAAAAACAUUCAAAAUACAUUUAUUAAAUUACAUAUACAUUUAGGUUAGUUAGUAUUACAAAAUGUAUAUCAAACUUUAGAAAUUAUUUAUUGAUGUAAAAACAUUAUCCUGCAUAUAUUGUAAAAGCAGAAAAUUUCGCAAAGGUUUAAUUUUUGUUAUAUUCGUGAGCUCCUACAUCUCGCGAAAAUUAAUUCUCGCGUAAAUGUUCAUAAGUAUAAUUCAAAUUCAAGUAGGAUACUUUUUUACAAUUUCGCGAAUAUUAAACCUCGAGAACAUACUCAAAAUCUCAAAUUCGUGAAAUUUUGACCCAGCGAAAAUAUAUUCUUUUACAGGAAGGAAAUGUAUUUUCUGAAAACGGCCAAAUAGCAUUUUUGAGAAUACAGAGCUGUGUAGCUUGAUUCGAUACUAAAAAAGGU